UGAAUGUCGGCAUGUUUAAUUAAUAACACUUCUAUGCAAUAGUGUUAUAUUUGUGACGACAAUAGGUGUCGCCGAAGCCUGUCUGCAGCUAACAUUGCGACAAGGUAAGUUAGCAUGAUUGUUGUAUGCUAUUUGUCGCUUUUGCACACGUGUCGAUAAAUAUACAAACAUAUGUGUAACCUACAGGAAUACACAUUUGUAUAACAUGUUACAUUUGCACAGCUGCACAUUUUGUAAGGGGUCAGAGUUUGCUAAAGUGAUGUAGCACGCGCAUGGCGGGUUAACCAAAUAUUUCCCAGAAAAAAAUCUGAGGGCCACUUGUCAUUUCGACAAUCAAAUCCGUGUCAAGUUGGUGAGGAGUGCAGUUAGCUAGUCUUGUCGAAUGGUUGUUGGCAUUCCAUCAGGGGUGUCAAGAUCCGUUCCUGGAGGGCCACUAUCCUGCAUGUUUUAGAUGUUUCCCUCUUCCAACACAGCUGAUUCAAAUGAUCAGGCUCGUUAUCAGACUUCUGCUGAGCUUGAUGAUAAGCUGAUCAUUUGAAUCAGGUGUGUUGGAAGAGGGAAACAUCUAAAACAUGCAGGAUAGUGGCCCUCCAGGAACGGAUCUUGACACCCCUGCAUUACAUGGACCGGGGGUGGGGGUUCGGUUGAGCUGCUGCUGCUUGCCCGAGACAGCUGCAGACUUCCUGCUGUAUUCCUCCACCGGUGGAACACCUCCACACACCGGGCCACCACACCAGCCAUGCCAAGCCUUGCUUCGAUUAAAACAUUUUAAGAUUAAAAAACGCUAACUCUUCAAGCUAAUGUUACCGGAGCCACGCAUGCUGUGCAUCAUGUUGGUUAAGGUGCGAUUUGGUGAAACACAGAAGUAUGUCAAAGUGGCUGAGACUGAAGAUGGCUAUGAUGACUUCAACACAUUUCUUCAAAAAGUUGCACUUCAGCAUGAUCUUUCAUAUACUUCGCUGGAGUCACCCAUGUCAGACAACUCAUCUGGGUCAGUGUCAGGAGUCUCCUCGCUAGUAUCCUCUGAUUCAUCAGAUGCAACAGUGAUUGUUCAUACAAACGGAGGGAGGAGAACCCAUGCUGAACGGGAAUCAGCAAAAGAGAUGGUGAGAAAUGCUCUGAAGGCUAAACCAGGUGGACAGUUUAUUUUGGAUGAAUAUGACAAAAUGAAAACAUUGACAGAUAGCACAAGGAGAAAGUUGGUAAACCUUCUUGUGGCCAACAUGGUUGAAAUUCAUGGGAGGAGCCCACCCAUCUCUGUUCGAACUACAUGUGCUCUAGGCAUCAUCUCUCUAUUUCCCAGCCUCAGAGAUCCAUAUUCGGACAAGGGAUAUGAACACUUCUAUGACCCAGAGAGUGGAUCUGGCUACUUGGCCUGGAGGAUAAAGACUGUUCAGCGCAACACUGCAGCUCAGCCCCAGAGAUGCUCCACAAGCACAACCUAUCAAGAUAGUCCAAAGAGAAAGAGGGAUGUUCUCUGCACUGAUAAGCAGCUGCUUGGUGAGCACUGUCAUGAAGCAAUAUCCUUUUUGAAACAUUCAACUGAUGAAUCAGCCAUCAAAGAGCGAAUGAGGGCCACAUUUCAGUACCGUCAAACACUGGUUCAAGAUCAGCAGUGCUCUUUGACAUCUUCCCACGAUUUCUCGACAUCACUGGCUUGAUUGAACAAGACUUCACCAUGAUGUUUGGAGAGGAAGUGUCGGGCAGAUUUUUGGCAAAAUGGCCUACCUUUUUCAAGCCUAGAAUCCUGGCAGACUGCAAAAAACUGACUUCUAAUGAGCACAUUGAAGACCUCAUGUCAUUGCAGCAAGACUCAGGCUGGGACAGUGAUCUGUCCAGCAUUCUUCUGUUGGUUCACCUGCUUCCUCCCACCCCCAAAGGCCACAAGAAGAGUGCUAAAAUCAGCCCAUGCCAGGCUGUUGACCAUGUUGUGAGAUAUUUGCAGAUGGGAGCCAGUGUUGAAACCUUCCUUGCUGGUGUGGAGCCAGGCCAGCCCUUCCUCCUUGGUGUUGGUGAAAAGAAGAGCAGCAUCCAAAGAUACUAUGUCAUCAUUGAUCACAAGGCCAUCCCUUGCAAGGCACAGACAUCCCUUGCAGCUUUCGAUGAGCUCUUCAAAGCACACUUCAUCUUCAGUGUCAGUUACCAUGAAUCCCUCUACAACUUCUAUACGUUCAUCCAAACCACAGUUUUUAACAUUGACAUUGGAAAGGCCAAGGAAACUCCCAGAGUCAAGGAACUAAGGGCAAGAUUUUUUCAUGACGCUUGAGGGGAUAAAUAUCCAUGGAUGCAAACAUUUUUCUUUGUUAUGUCUGUAAGGCAUGCCACAAAAGUUCUGCACUGCUUUGUCAGCAUUUAAGACUUCACCAUGGUCUAUAUCCUGGAAAGACAUUACGCUUAAAAUGUGGACAGCCGGGAUGUUCUUCUUUGUUUUGCACUUAUUCAGGUUUCAAGAAGCAUCUUGUUCAUUGCCACAGAGAUGUUGCUGUGACUAAUACUGCUGACAAUGUGGACACUCAGAAUGAAGUUGAUGAGCCCUCAACUUCACAGACAGUCAACAAAGCCUCUCCAACAACUACCCAGCUCUCUGUUGACAAUGAUCAUGUGUUAAACAUGUGUGCUUCUGUUGUAGCACAGUUGCAAGCAUCUGGUGUUGCUGAGAGCACAGUCCAAGCAAUGGUGGGAUCCAUGGAGGACCUUGUAAAUGACAUUAAUAGACAAGCAAGAGAGGCAGUUCUCAGCUGUUCUUCAGAAAUUCAAGGUACGGAUUUGGAAAAGAAGGUGGAAAAGUGCUUUGAUCAACUAGGAAAUCCUUUCUCAUCCUUGAACACAAGAGUAAAACGUCAGAAGUUCUUUAAGGACAAAUGGGAAAUUGUUGAACCUGUUGAAUAUGUUCUUGGGGUGCGAUUUGAUGUUCGCAGAGAUCAAACAACUGGUGUUUAUUGUCAGGUCCCCGUAACAGAUAAAUUUGUGUAUACACCCAUCCUGGGAACUCUUAAGUCAAUGUUCAAGAACACUGAAUUAUGUGAAAGUUUCUUCCAAGCCAAACAUCACGAAGAAGGCAUUUAUAAAGACAUAUGUGAUGGUUCAUACUUCAAGAGUAACGUUUUGUUUUCCCAGAAAAAGCAUGCUCUACAGAUUCAACUUUAUUUUGACGAGUUUGAGACAGCAAAUCCCUUAGGUUCAAAGAAAGGUAUUCACAAACUCGGUUGUAUUUACUUUAUAUUGAGGAACCUGCCCCCAAAAUAUAAUUCUGUGUUGAUGAAUAUACAUGUUGUGGCACUCUUCCACUCACAAGAUCUGAAGACUUAUGGGUUUGAUGACAUCCUGAAGCCUGUUGUUGACGAUCUUAAAAUACUUGAAACACAAGGAAUUGAGGUGCCUUUCUCAGACUCACCAUUGCUUGGUUCUGUUAUACAAGUAACGGGUGACAACCUAGGUUUACAUGGACUGUUCGGUUUUGUUGAGUCCUUCAGUGCUACAUAUUUCUGUAGAUUUUGUUUGACAAGUAAGGAUGAGUCGCAGUCUGUCUUUACUGAAGAUGACCCUGGCAUGAUUUUUCGUACAAAGGAAAUCCAUGCAGAACACUGUGCAGCUCUACAUGAAAAUCCUAUGUUGAGUUCCACAUUUGGUGUCAAAAAGACAUGCUUGCUCAAUACAUUGCAUUUUUUCCACACCUCUGACAACUAUGCAGUUGACAUAAUGCACGAUUUACUUGAAGGUGUAGUACAGUACGAACUCAAACUUGUCUUUCAGUACCUUGUAAACCAGAAGUAUCUGUCUUUGGAAUCAUUGUCACAGAGGAUCCAAACUUUCAACUAUGGUUAUAUUGAGAGAAAAAAUAGACCAAGUGGGUUGAAAAUGGAUGAGGCUAGCAAGGAUCUUGGAUUAAAUGCAGUUCAGUCAUGGUGUCUUGUAAGAAAUACUCCUCUUAUUUUUGGUGAUGUAUUGGAAAGAAAUAACUGUUACUGGAAUCUGCUCCUCCUCUUGAUUCAGAUUGUGAAUAUAGUUUUUUCACCCAUUGUAACUAACGGUAUGACAUACUAUUUAAAGCACUUGAUUAAGGACCACCAUGAGCUAUUUAAGUGUUUGUUUUCACAAAGAAGAUUGAUUCCAAAGCAUCAUUUCAUGCUACAUUAUCCACGUUGUAUUCGAAAAAUAGGUCCACUCCUUCAUGUAUGGUGCAUGAGGUUUGAGGCCAAACACAAUUUUUUUAAAAGAUCAGUGAAAAAUUUCAAAAAUAUCACAAAAUCAUUGGUGAAACAACACCAGAGACAGUUAGCUUACCACUGGGAGAAUUUUAAUUUUCAGAGAUUUGAGUUUGGUCCAGUGAAAAACGAAAUCAUUGAUCGCCUCGAGGGAGGUGAGGUUUUAAGUUCUGUUUUUGAUGUUAAUUUAUAUUGUGAAGUGUCAACCACGAAUUGGGUGAAGAACUAUGGAACAGAAUAUCAGAUUGGUAUGUUUAUUUGUACUGGAACAAAAAUGGAAAUUCCUAUUUUCAGAAAGAUCACCAACAUCAUUGUCCAUGAUGAGCAAGCUUUCCUUUUGACUUGCAGAGUGGACACUCUUUAUUUUGAUGAUCAUUUCAAUGCAUACUGUGUUGAUGAGAGAGCAGAUUCAUUUUCUGUUUUCCCAGUUAAGGAACUGAUUUAUCACAGACCCUAUGACAAACAGUUUUCUAAUGAGAUGUGUGAAAAAAUAUACAUUGUGCCACAUUGUCAUAUUUUGUGACCUGUGUUGUAUUGCAAAGCAGUGCUGUUUUUAUGUGGUGUGCUUAUUUGAAAUACAGGCUGAUUCAAACUGCAA